AUCAUCCAACGCAUCACAGUCGCUCUCUCUUCCCAUCACUGUCACUCAUUCGUUUUACUAUUAUAUACAACUUAAUUCUUUAAUACAUCCGACCCACAGUCAACAUGCGUUCCUACGUCGCCGUUUCCAUCUUCGCGUUCUCCGCAUCCGUCCUCUCGGCCCCUACUCCUCAGCUUGGCCUCAACAACGUAGUCGGCUCCGUCACUGGCACCGCCACCGGCACUGUUGGAUCCCUAACCGGCACCGUCGGCAAGACUGUUGACCCCGUCACCGGUGUUGUCUCUGACGAUGUCAACCUCGAAGGCGUCACUGGCCUUUUGAAGGAGAAGCGCCAGCUCGAGGUUGUCAACGGCCUCACCAGGCCCGUUACCGACCUCACCAAGCCCGUUACCGACAUCGUUGGCGAUGCCACAAAGAUCAGGGUUCUUGGAAACGCCAGGCGCCAGCUCAACAUCGCCCCUGUUGCUGGUCUCACCAAGACUGUUGACGGUGUCACCAACAGCGUCAACCUGAGCGGUGCCGUCAAGGGCGUCAACACCGAUAUCAACAGCAAGCGUCAGCUCAAUGUCGCCCCUGUUGCUGGUCUCACCAAGACUGUUGAUGGUGUUACCAACAGCAUCAACCUGAGCGGUGCUGUCAAGGGCGUCAACACUGAUGUCAACAGCAAGCGCCAGCUCAACAUCGCCCCUGUUGCUGGUCUCACCGAGACUGUUGACCGCGUCACCGACAGCAUCAACUUGAGCGGUGCCGUCAAGGGCGUUAACGCCGAUGUCAACAGCAAGCGCCAGCUCAACAUCGCCCCUGUUGCUGGUCUCACCAAGACUGUUGAUGGUGUUACCAACAGCAUCAACUUGAGCGGUGCCGUCAAGGGCGUCAACGCCGAUGUCAACAGCAAGCGUCAGCUCCUUAACCUCGACACCACCACCGAGUCCGUCGACAGCCUCACCGGCCUCAACUCGAACGAGCUCACCGCUGAUGUCACCCACGGCCAAGUCGUCGACACUGGCAACCUCCUUAACCUCGACCUCAACGUCAAGCGUGGCGUCCCCGUCGUCCAGGACCUGCCCCUCGGCGGCGGUGUCUCUGGCAUCCUCGACAACACCCCCGUUGUCGGCGGCCUGACCAACACCGUCAACAGCCUUACCGGCGACCUCGACCCCGUUACCGGACUUGUCUACGAGACCGCCAAGCCCGUCACUGACGCUACUGAGGUCCUUGACGUUCGUGCCCCUCUCCUUGAGGAGGUCGAGGUCAAGAGCACUGUUGGUGAUGUCAAUGUUCCCGCCCUUAAGGACCUUCCCGUUGUCAACGAUAUCUAAAGGGUCACUUGUACCUUUUUUUUUCCACAGCGUAUCUCUAACGAGUGGUUGCUUUGUAACUUGUAACUCAUAGCCUCCACUACAC